UCAGAACAAGCUAAAAAUGAAAGAUGCAGUGAGACUAUAUAGUCUACAUCAUCGGAAAGAGUUCAUUUCUGAUCAGUUCAGAGCUAAAUUCUGGAAGGUUAUUUGCAAGUGUAAUAAACAGGGUUGCCUGUCGAUGAUCCAUUUUGCGGAGAUUCCAGGUGGUAUGUGGAAGGCAGAAAAAAUGAUUGCGGAACACAGUUGUACCGAUGCAUCUGAGGAGGUGAAUCAUUCCAGUUUAAGAAGUAACAUGAUUGCUAUUGCGCUGAUACCAUCUAUUACUAUCAAUCCAUACAUCAGUAUUGAGGAUAUUCAGGUUAAUAUUAAAAGGUUGUACAAGUUUACGCCUAGUGAAAGAAAAGCAUCUAGAGGGCUUAAACGAGCUCUUGAAAUGGUAUUUGGGGAUUUUGAAAGUUCUUUCAAGGCGUUGCGUAGAUACAUGGCUGCUCUACAGUGUUUUAAUCCGGGGACCAUUGUUGAGUGGGAGCACCAGUCAACAACAAUGCAAAAGGUGACCACAUCUUCAAGUAUCUCUUCUGGGCUUUUAAACCAAGUGUCGAUGGAUUUAAAAGUUGCAGGCCAGUUAUCUCAAUCAAAAGCACGGAUCUCUAUGGUACGUAUGAGAUGAAACUGUUGAUUGCUAUGGGAUCUUCCACUUGCAUAUGCUUUGGUUGCACAUGAGAGCUAUGAUUCUUGGUCAUGGUUCCUUCGAUUGUUGUGGAGAUAUCUUGUUUGUGAUAGACAACAAAUUGGGCUUAUUUCUGAGCAUCAUCAAGACAUCUUGCAGUCUGUCCAAAACAUAUGUGUGGUUACAGCCACCCGCCACAUACCACAGGUUCUGUAUUCGACAUUUGAAAAGUAACUUUAAUAAAAAGUUUCUCAACAGUGACCUUGAGAACCUUAUGUGGUUAGCGGCUACAGAGAACCAGCUGAAGAAGUUCAGACAGAGGAUGGAACAAAUCAAAACAUUGUCACAUGCAGCACAUCUGUGGUUAGCCAAUCUACCGUUAGAAAAAUGGACAAUGCAUAAGGAGGAUGGUUAUAGAUGGGGGGCUCUAACAGCCAAUAUCCAUCUAUCUUACCACAGUUUACUGAUGAAAGCUCAUGAAUUACCUGUUACUGCUACUGUCCGUCUUACAUUUAAAAGUAUUAUUGAUCGUUUUGAUGAAAGAUGCAGACUUGCUGUUGCGUUGAUCCAGAUGCAGGUAGAGGAAAUGUGCAUGUACUCACUGGUCGAGAAGAGAAAUGUACAUGUGGGAAAUGGAGAAAUUAUCAUAUGCCACGCUCACAUGCCAUUAAAACUUGUCAUUUCCGUGGCAUUGAGCCAAUGGACUACAUUAGCGAGUACUACAGUUGCAGGCUUUACAAUCAAACGUAUAUUGGGAAAUUUUUUCCCCUUGGUGAAGAGGCACAUUGGUCACCUCCCCCCUUUAAUUUACUUGCAAAUACUAAAUGUACACGAACCUAAGAAGUGCAGCAUAUUGCUCCUUCUCGCGUGAGUAGGAGGUGUGGUAACUGCAAGCAAAUAGGUCAUAACAGGACUCGUUGCCCCCAGAACCCUUAAUUGUUGAUGUUCCUCGUUUGUUUGUUGUAUGUAGUUUUAUCCUUUAUGUUA